UUAAACACACAACUCCAUUUGCUUCAUUCUUUGCUACAAAUUCCAAACUUAUUUUCUUAAAUCAAAGAUAUAAUUAAUAUCAUGGGUGUAGUGAAUUUCGAUUAUGAGGUUGUCACCACAAUCCCACCACACAGGUUGUUCAAGGGAUUCCUCCUCGACGGCGACAAUCUUAUCCCUAAGGUCAUCCCCGGCGCCUUCAAGAGCUUUGAAACCCUUCAAGGCGACGGCGGAGCUGGCACCAUCAAGUUGAUCACUUUCGGCGACAGCAGUCCUUUCAAGUUUGCCAAGCACCGCGUGGACGAAGUCGAUGAGGCCAACUUUGUUUACAAGUACAGUGUGAUCGAAGGCGAUGCUUUGGGCGAUGAGCUUGAAUCGAUCUCGUACGUCGUGAAGGUCACACCCGGUGCUGAUGGUGGCUCUGUUGUGAAAACGAGCAGCUCGUACCACACCAAGACCGACAACCACAGCAUCACCGAGGAGAAGAUCAAGGAAGGGAAAGAGAAGGCAAAGGGUGUUUUCCAUGCUGUGGAAGCUCACCUAAAUGCCAACCCCCAUGAAUACAACUAAAUCAAUGCCAAAAAUAUAUGGAAUAUCAAAUUGAGUGGAAUAAAUGAGUUUGAAUUUGUAUUUGUUUGAAUAUGUAAAAGGUGUGUGAUUAUUUCUAUUUUGUAUACUAUGUUUUUGUUGGCUAGGGCGCUUUUGUCCUUUCGCAAUUUGAAUGUAAUUGGUUUGAUAAUAAAUUAAUAAUGUAUUGUAUUGAUUGCAA